UCGCACUUUUUCUUUACCAGCUAGAAAAACGAGAAGCCAUCUUGUUAAUUUAGUGCGUUUUAUGUGUGAAAAAUAUUUUUAAUUUCGAUUGCAGUUGUUUUCUCAUAACUUUUCAACAUAAAACUUACAAUUUUCUCAAAAAAAAUAAAAUCUCUUAUUCUAAACAUUUUACACAAUGGGUGCCGAUGACCGCGAUAGACGCCGACACCGUUCUCGGUCGAGGGAUAACCAACGCCGACGAUCAUCCAGGUCACGGUCCCGUGAUCGUAAACGCUCCCGUUCCCGCAAUCGUCCAGGCCACAGAUCUCGCCGUCGCAAGCCAUCUCUAUAUUGGGACGUCCCACCACCGGGCUUCGAGCACAUAACCCCACUUCAAUACAAAGCUAUGCAAGCAGCCGGACAGAUUCCGGCUAAUGUUGUUGCAGAUACACCUCAGGCAGCUGUACCCGUUGUUGGGUCGACAAUUACAAGACAGGCUCGGCGGCUGUACGUUGGUAACAUUCCGUUCGGUGUGACGGAAGAGGAGAUGAUGGAAUUCUUCAAUCAACAAAUGCACCUAUCAGGCUUGGCACAAGCUGCCGGCAAUCCGGUGCUUGCUUGUCAAAUAAAUUUGGAUAAGAAUUUUGCUUUUCUCGAGUUCAGGUCCAUUGAUGAGACAACCCAAGCAAUGGCAUUCGAUGGAAUUAACUUUAAGGGUCAAAGUUUGAAGAUACGUCGUCCACACGAUUAUCAGCCAAUGCCGGGCAUGACCGACAGCCAACCCAUAAAUGCACCGGCAAAUGAAUUCCAUUCUGGUGUCAUUUCUACGGUUGUUCCAGAUUCGCCGCACAAAAUCUUCAUAGGUGGCCUUCCCAAUUAUCUCAACGAAGAUCAGGUCAAAGAGCUUUUACUUUCUUUUGGACAAUUACGAGCCUUCAAUCUGGUUAAAGAUGCCGCAACAGGUUUAAGUAAGGGCUAUGCUUUUGCAGAAUACGUGGACUAUAGCAUAACAGAUCAAGCUAUUGCUGGAUUAAAUGGAAUGCAAUUGGGUGACAAGAAAUUGAUUGUUCAAAGGGCCAGUGUGGGAGCUAAGAACUCACAAAUGGGUGGAACCGUUGCUCCUGUACAAAUUCAAGUACCUGGAAUGUCAAUGGUUGGAACAUCAGGUCCACCAACUGAGGUACUGUGUCUCCUGAACAUGGUUACACCAGAUGAAUUGCGUGACGAAGAUGAAUACGAAGAUAUUCUAGAGGACAUCAAGGAAGAAUGCAACAAAUAUGGUGUUGUUCGCAGUGUUGAAAUACCUCGACCGAUAGAAGGAGUCGAUGUGCCUGGUUGUGGCAAGGUAUUUGUCGAAUUCAACUCAGUGGUGGACUGCCAAAAGGCACAGCAAGCACUUACUGGUCGUAAGUUCAGUGAUCGCGUUGUAGUUACUUCAUACUUUGACCCAGACAAGUAUCAUCGCAGAGAGUUUUAAAAUACAUACAUACAUACACGUACACAAUAAUUGAUCCUCUUUUGUUUAAUCUAAAAAAUUAAAAUUAGUUUGACAAGAAUAUACAAGUAGUAUUUCGUCAUGUCUUGUUCAAUUUGAAAAGCGUGAGCAUAUUAAAAUUUUGUAUUCUUUUUAAAUGCAACGCUUGUGUGUAGUUUAGCUUUUAGGUAUUUUAAGAAUUAAACUAUGUCUUCUGUUUGCGAUUAUCUAUAAAAAAAAAACAA